GUAGAAAAAUGUCUGUUUUAAAGCUGAGGUUUGCUUUUCUGAAUCACUGUGUAAAAUUAAAAUCCGUCUCCAAAACAAGUACGCAUUUCUUCACAAGUAGACCUCUAUCAUCAUCAUGUGUUAAUCUUGGUCCUCUAUCACCGGAGGUUGUUCCUCCACCUCACAAGAUACAACGACCAAGAAGAGCUCUUCUUUAUGUCCCGGGCCAUGACGAAAGGAAAAUAAACAAACUCCAAACACUGGAUGUGGAUUGUGUUGCACUGGACUGUGAAGAUGGUGUCAGUUUGGACAAAAAAGAGGAUGCAAGAAACACAAUACACAAACUGUAUGAAGAAACUGCUUCAACCUUUCAUGGCGAGUUGUGUGUUCGAGUUAAUUCACCAAGCAGCGGUUUCUGUGAAUCAGACAUCGAAAAUAUAUUUUCCAUGUCAACACUCCCCCCCACAGUGAUUGUUCCUAAGAUUAAUAGUAUACAAGAUAUUACUUGGUUUUGUGAGAUGAUGAACGAGAAAAGUAGAACGAUCCUGGGCAGACCAACCAAACGCCUGUUCAACGUCAUUUUUAUGACAGAAAGCAGCAAAGGUUUAAUCAAUUUACAGAAAAUCAUAGAAGCUGGGAUUUCUGCUUGCAGUCCGAGGUUUAGUUGCUGCCACAUAGCUGGAAUCAUUUUUGGGUCGGAUGAUUUUUGUGCAAACCUUGGCAUCAUGAGAUCUAAGGAUGCAAGUGAACUAAUUUAUGCAAGGCAGAAGAUUGUGGCAACUUGCAAGGCUUUUGGGUUACAAGCUAUUGACAUGGUGUAUAUUGAUUUUAAAGAUAAUGAUGGCUUGGAAAAGCAGUCAUUGGAAGGAGCAAGGAUGGGCUUCACUGGGAAACAAGUAAUACAUCCAAAUCAGAUCCCCAUCGUGCAGAAAUCUUUCACUCCAAGUGACGAGUUGUUAAAGUGGGCUGAAGAUUUGACAGAAGCUUUUGAAAACAGUACUGAGGGUGCAUUUACAUUCAGAGGUCAAAUGAUUGAUUUGCCAACCGUACUACAAGCCAAGAACAUUAAAUUAUUUUCAGAUUUUAUAAAAAAGACAUAACUAAAAAUUGCAUUUUAAAUUAGCCAAGUAAAUUAGAAAAUCAAUUAUGUAUUGCAUUCAUGUUCUAAUGUACCAAACAUACUAUUUUUACUUUACACAUUGUAUAUAUAUAUUUGAAAAAUUAUGUGCAAAUCAGUUUUCUUUUAGUUUUAUUUUUAAUCUUGCCAAACCUAAUCAGGUUUAAAUGUCUUGUCACUGGAGUGACACUGCCUCUAUUUAACUUAUUCCUACUUUGAAAAAAAACACAAUUUAUUUUCCAUUUUAUUGUCCUCCGCUCAUCUCCUGUCUUUUAAUACAACGCUUUCAAUCAAGAUUUCUUUACAAAUUUAAAACUUUUCAGUGGAUCUUCCAGUUUCUUCUUAUAUUUCGGGUUAGGUUUUCCCAUCACUCGAACUGAACUUCUUUUCCUUGGUUUCAUAUCAUGUGAUGGAGGUGGCUGGUGUUGCGACGCACGGGUGGAAACCCCGCUGUAUAAACCUUUCAGCGUGGGUGGGACUGGAAACGAAAAUAAAUCUUUUGUUAAAAACUAGGCCAUGUAGAUGGUCGUUUUGGUUGGUGUAUAAUUUGUUAUUUAAAUGAGUGAGGUCCCACACUCUUGAGAGCUAGAAAGGGUGGUACAUUUUCCACUUCAUCAAGGUUCUUUAUAUUAAAAAUGU